CUUCAUUUUGUAAGUCUCUAUUUCGUCAACGUUCUGUCUUUCUCAGGCUUGAUUCAGUUUGCCCACGUCAAGACAUCGACAUGUAACUUACACGUGACACGACGAAAACAACGGGAUGCAGUUCGCGAAGAAAUCGUCGUAGCGGCGCGCGUUUUUUUUUUCCGCGGCCGGCCGACGUCGCCAGCCGCGAUCUUAUUUUCCCCGCGAUCGAUUAUCUCGAAGCGUCGUCGGCGGCGACUCGUAGCAUGUCGGCGAAAGCGCACGCCGCAGAAGGAAAGCCGUACAAGUGCGACCAGUGCGAUGCCUCGUACGCGCAGUCGCAGCAACUCAUGUUACACUUUCUGUCUCACUCAGGCGAGAAGCCGCACAAAUGCGACGCGUGCGCGGCGUCGUUCACGGUCAAGGCGAACCUGACGGACCACGUGCGCACGCACACGGGAGAGCGGCCCUACACGUGCGACGUGUGCAAGACGACCUUCUCCAAGUCGUCGCAUCUCCGGCUGCACUUCCGCGUCCACUCGGGAGAGAAGCCCUACAAGUGCGAGCUCUGCGAGGCGGUGUUUUCGCAGCAUAGCACGCGCCGGCUGCACAUGAGGACGCACACGGGCGAAAAGCCGUUCGGCUGCGAGGUCUGCGGGUCGGCGUUCACCGCGCGCCACAGCCUCAACGUGCACAUGCGCAGUCACACGGGCGAGCGUCCGUACAAGUGCGAUCGCUGCGAGUCGGCGUACACGCAGUCGUACCAGCUGAAGCUGCACAUCCGCUCGCAUUCGGGCAUCAAGCCGUUCAAGUGCGAGGUGUGCGCGGCCGCGUUCACGGUCAGGCACAGUCGCAAGGUGCACAUGCGCACGCACACGGGCGAGCGGCCGUACAAGUGCGAACACUGCGAGGCCGCCUUCAAGCAGUCGCACCAGCUGAAGCUUCACGUUCGAUCGCACACGGGCGAGAAACCGUAUAAGUGCAAUCUGUGCGACGCCGCCUUCACGAUGCAACGUAAUCUCAAGAGUCACACGAGAACUCACACGGGCGAGAAGCCGUUUAAGUGCGAGCAGUGCGACACGUCGUUCUCGUCGAAAUCCUACCUGAAGACGCACGCGAGGUCGCACCGCGGCGAGAAGCCGUAUAAGUGCGAACUCUGCGAUGCGGCGCUCACGAAGAAGUUCAGUCUGAAGAUGCACAUGAGGAUACACACCGGCGAGAGACCGUACAAGUGUGAGCUGUGUAACGCGGCGUUUGCGCGGCAGUGCAGCUGCAAGGCGCACAUGCGAACUCACACGGGCGAGAAGCCGUUUCGCUGCGACGUCUGCAACGCGGCGUUCACGAUCAAGCACAGCGUGAAGGUGCACAAGCGCAUUCACACGGGCGAGAAACUCUACAAGUGCGACCUGUGCGGAAAGGCGUACUCGCGACGCAGCACGCUCAAGUCGCACAUGCGGUCGCACGGAGGCGAGAACGCGUACAACUUUGAUUUGAACGAAGCCAACUUCUCGAUGCAAGGCAUGUAGAAAGGAGCGAAGGCAUGUAGAAAGGAGUGAAGGCGUGUAGAAAGGAGUGAAGGCAUGUAGAAAGGAGCGAAGGCGUGUAGAAAGGAGUGAAGGCAUGUAGAAAGGAGCGCAGGCGUGUGGAAAGGAGUGAAGGCGUGUAGAAAGGAGCGAAGGCAUGUAGAAAGGAGUGAAGGCAUGUAGAAAGGAACGAAGGAAUGUAGAAAGGAGCGAAG